CAAAGUCUGAACUUUAAUUCAAGAUUCAGAAAUUCUGCUCUGAAUCAGUUAUAGUAUUAUAGUGGAAAACGAUAUUUCUACGGUCACAGAUUUGUACACAUUCUACGAAGUGACAUCGUUACAGCUGUAGGCCUAACGAUGUACGGUACAGCACUUCGGUGGAUCAUUAUUCAAAUGGUCUUAACAGUCUGCUUGUACCGACCUACGGAAUCAUCAGAUUCAUGUGGUCAUCUACCUUUUGGGGUUGAAGAUGGAAGUAUUCACUCAGACCAACUCAUUGCAUCCAGCAUAUAUGAUUGGAGAUUCAAGGCUGAACGAGGGCGACUCAACACAGUAGCAGACCUCGAUGGCUCGGGGUCCUGGGCAGCAAAAUCUGAAGACGAAAAUCCUUGGAUUCAAGCCGAUCUCAGUGCUGUAAAAAGCGUAAUUGGAGUAAUAACUCAAGGGCGCGAAGAUGGCAAGCAAUGGGUGAAAACAUAUGAAGUUUAUUACAGUACAAAUAGUAACAAUUUCGAACCAGUAUUAGGAUCGAGUGGUCAAGCUGAG